UUUGCCGGGACGAUGAUGGGUAAGAUGGACAAGGAGAGAUUGUAUAAACCCGUGGAUGACUGGCGAAGCAUGGCCAGAGGUCGACGCAAGAAACCCACGAUACCUCCACCGCUACCACCGCCUCUACAGCCAGUAUCCUCACUCAUCAUUGUCGGUGAUGAAAAGUCGGAUGACUUCCAGUUGUUAUCGUCAGCGUUGGACACCCCAACUAACGAUGAGCUGCUUACCCCACUGUCAAGGCUUCAGAAGUAUGCCAACAGUGACAAUGGAUUCAAUAGGCAAAUGGCAGCAAGGGGUUUACUGGAGUCACUACGGACAAUCUGUGACCCCGAGGAUCGUGACGCUGGACUGGAUACUAUGCUACGACUCUCAGAGGACCAGGAGCCUAUGGUCCGAGCCGAGUUGAUGGAGCAGAUACCACACAUAGCCAUGCUGUGUCAGGAGAACCGUAGCUUCUUCCCAAACACAGUGCAGGACUACAUCCUCCCGUUGGUGGUCCGCUAUCUCACCGACUCCAACAACCAGGUGCGUAAGACAAGUCAAGCUGCGUUACUGGUCCUCCUAGAGCAGGAACUGAUUGAGAAGAGAGACAUCGAGGAACAAGUCUGCCCCAUCAUCAUCCAGCUCUCAGGGCAAGGGAGCUCGGAAGACUACCGAAAUGAAGCCGUCGCACUCAUGAGUAAAGUUGCACCGUUGAUUGGCAAGGAGAUCACACUAAACCUUGUGCUUCCACAAUUCACCGAGCUGUGCUCAGACAGUAUGUUUCAUAUACGAAAGGUAUGUGCAGCUAACUUUGGAGAUAUCUGUAAUGUGGUUGGUGAAGAGGCAACGGAAGAUUUGCUGCUGCCCAAGUUUGAGGAUCUAUGCGAAGACGGUGUGUGGGGAGUACGCAAGGCCUGUGCCGAGUGCUUCAUGGCUGUCUCGUGGGCGGUGUCCAGGACAGUCAGGUCGGAGAAACUCAGCCCGCUGUUUGUCAAAUUGCUCACAGAUCAAUCCAGAUGGGUGCGGAUGGCAGCUUUUCAAACUCUAGGUCCGUUCAUCUCAACGUUUGCUGACCCUUCCGUGUCGGGUGUUCAGGUUGUAUGCAAUCCAGAUGGUACAGUUCAAAUUGCAAGUGUGGUCGACAACAGCGAAUCAGAAUCGGACGAGGUCCCCUCUCUAGUCUUCUCAGAAACGCAAUCCUCUCAACAGUCUUCCUCAAGUUCUGACCAGUCGUCUGGUCAGGAACCAAGAACUUACAGUGCAAUGCAAGCCGUGGCAAUGGAAGUGGACGAAACGGUCACUGGGGACUCGGGAACGAUCAUCUUAGGCCAGGACAAGACUGGAGUCGUCCCCUUAGAGGCUGACCCUGCUGCGGCCGUGCGUGCAUCCAGUAACAUCCACCAGGGUCUCGGGCAUGUGGAGUUCACACCGGAGCAAGGGGCAGUGUUAGUCACCCCUGAGGUGCCUAGUAGCUACGACUCGUUCCUAUUCUGGCGGAACCCUAUCCCUGUCAUCGACAUUCAGCCCGAGAUUGAAGAGGCUACAACGGAAGAUUCAUCGUCAUCGUCAGAACGGUUCACCACAGUUGCUGAGUUGACGUUAGAGACCAGCAAGUCUGGAAGUGAGAACGAACAGAAGGCUUCUCCGGAUUCGGGGAUUGCUAGUCCAGCAGGAACGCCAGACUCGGGAACAGGUAGUGACGGCGAAGGUUCGCCUUCAGUGAGUGAGCAAACUAAGGAGGUUAAUGGCGUGGAUGAGAGUCAGAGAGACGUUAAGGAUAUCACAGAGAAUGUUUCUGACUUAGAACUGCAAAAUGCCGCAAGGCAGCCUUCAGAGGAAGUUGACAACAAUGCAAAUGUCAGCCCAAGCGAGGAGAGCAGUACCUCUCAAACCCUAGCCGAAGCCGGAGGCAUGGUGGUCCACAAAGCAAACCUCAACGAGGCCGAAGAAGUCCUGGAGACCGUGUCCAACAUCUGCAGCACGCACGUGAUCGGGCAACGCGUCAACGAGAAGACGCUAACGUUCCGUAACGGUAUCGUAGAAGAGGAGGUAGUGCCUGAGUGGUCUGACCUCGAUCCCUCCUCCGCUAACACGUCCAAUGAGAUGCAGACACCUGAACGUCCUCAACGGCUUACACAGGAUGUGAUACCAGCGGAGUUGUUGGAUCUCUACCUGUCCAUGACAGACCCCAGCCGUGCUCAGACCGUAGAUACUGAGAUUGCCAGACAUUGUGCCUUCAGUCUCCCCGGGGUAGCAUUGACCAUGGGUCGGAAGAACUGGCAGUGUCUCAAGGAAGUCUACGAGACGUUGGCCUCAGAUAUGCAGUGGAAGGUUCGUCGCACUCUAGCCUUCUCCAUCCAUGAGUUGGCUCUCAUCCUAGGCGAUGAAGUCACUACUAUGGACCUAGUCCCGAUCUUCAACUGUUUCCUGAGAGAUCUGGAUGAAGUCCGUAUAGGUGUACUUAAACACUUUGCUGACUUUGUAAAGUUAUUGAAGCCAGAGCUCAGAAAGCAAUACCUCGUCAGAAUGACGGACUUCCUGACCACCGACAACACUCGCAAUUGGAGGUUUCGACUGGAGCUUGCAGAGCAGCUGAUUUCACUGUGUGACAUGUAUGAACCCGGUGACGUGUGUGAACAUCUGUUUCCCAUUGCCCUAACGCUGGCCGGUGACAGAGUAGCCGACGUGCGGUUCACGGCUUACAGAUUGCUUGGAGUGAUCAUGAAGAGAAUAAACACAGCCGACGACCAGACUCUAAGACAAAACUUCAUCGACGGAAUCAUCACUAGGUAUGCCAACAGUGAUCGCUGGUUCGGCAGACAAACAUUUAUUCAUCUAUGUCAGAAUCUUGUAGAAGUCCAGUCCGUAGAGGAUGAACAAUUUGCCCAGAAUUUAUUACCGAGUCUACUGAGUCUAGGCAACGAUUCUAUCCCUAAUGUACGCAUCACACUCGCCAGGCUUCUCACUCAAAAUCUACUGCCAAUCGACUUUUACCAAUCCAUGGCUAAUCCCUUCUAUGAGAAGAUGAUGGAUGUGGUGGGUCAGCUUCAGAAAGAUGUGGAUCAAGACGUCCGCUUCUUCAGCAGUUAUAACUUCUCCAACAAUCUACACAAUAAGAAAAUUGAUCAUCCGGUAUAAAAGAAGCCACCUUCAUUCUCAUUGGCUGAAGACAUCUGGAGUAACCAUGGAUGCUGCGUAACCAAGGAGAUGAUAUUACCAUGGAGACGUCAUACAGCUGCAUUAAAAGUGACAUUUUGUUUUCUUAUCAGUGUUUAAGAUAAGGAAUAGAAUGACAUUGUAAUUAACGCAACAAAAUUUCAAGAUUUGAUAUGAAACCGUCCAUGUGUCUCUUAAUUCUUGAAAUAUUGAAGAAAAACAAAUCAUGAUUGUGUCUUGCAGUAUGUAAAUCACAAAAUACAAAAGCAAUAUUUUCAUGCUACAUUCAGGUAAGAAAAGAAACCCCAGAUUUGAAAGUAGUUUACAAAAUUGUUCCCCUAGUUUUUCUAAUUAUUCAUGAUUCUAUUCUCUUCAACCUAUUUGUCAGGGAUAGAUGUAGAUGCAUGGUGCAAAUAUUCGAACAAAAAUAGUUCCCCAAAAUCAACAAAACAUCUCAAAUAUUUAAACUUCACCAUUUGAACAAAUAUGAAAAACAAAAGUGGGAUUGUUAUAGAUUUGUUCAGAUGGAGUAACAUUAUUAAGCAGGUUUUGAGUAUAGGAAAAGUAUUUUAGUCAUAACUACGAUGUCUUAAAAAGUAUUUGUUUUUUUAUGAAGUAAAUAGUAUACACUGUACAUGCACCUUCAUCUCAGAACGUAUUGAAUAUAUCAGGGAUGCAUUAGUCCAACUUACCAGUAUUUCUGUUUGAAGAAAGCUGCCCACCUUAUAAUGGAAUUGUUUCUUUCAAAAUGGUUUAUCAUAUUUUGUCUUGUACACGGUAGUUUGUUUGGUUAUGCAAAAUCAGUUGGAAUUUCAAAUGGUCCAUUUGCGCCACUGAUUUGAUUUUUUUUUUUUUGGUAAUCUUGAUUUUUUUAGAAAACUGUUGGGUCGUUUUAUAGAACAAUUUGUCACACUUUUCCCCUCAAUUUGACACCUUCAUAAAAGUCAUACAAAGUAGAAAAAUGGGCAAUUACUGUUCUUUUUUUGGGGGGAGGGGGUGGACAGGAAUAUAAAACGAUUGAUGAAUUCUCCUGUUUUGUUUAUAAAAUACAUUUACAUGAGAUGACCAUGGAAGGUAAAAUAUUUGCAACAUAGUUUAAAAAAAUUUUCAACAAAUGUUUUCCAAUGCAUUUAUUUCCUUAGUUUGACCAUAUUAUUCUCACUCCUCUAUAACUUGUAUUGAUAUGCAAAUUUUGAAUCGUACAGUUUGAAUUCACUUCAGGCCAAUGGACUCCGUGUAUGAACUAUAGGUGGCGCUCUUUGUCUGCCCAUAAGAGGCAGUGCCAGGGCCACAUUACACCGAGUACGUACAACCAAUUUUCACCCAAGGCUCAUACUUGACGUGAGUCCAAAUUGACAACAAAAUUAACGUCAAAAAAAUUUGUUAGCAAACUUUGCUAGAGUGUGUUUAACAUUUGCAAAUUCAUAGUGCAAGUAUUGACUGUGAUGUCACCAAUUUGCGUUCGCUUUCUUGAAGAGUAAGAACUGCCUUGUACAAUGUAUGUGCACAUCCCUGUAACAUCAUGUAAUGUAGAGGAAAGCCCUAGUGCGAUGGAGCAUGCCUUUUACUGGACAUGCAUGGACCUCAUGCCCAGUCCUACCUCCCGGAAAAGCUCUUCCAUGUCACCUGUGUCUUGAACUUAACGUCUUCUCCGUCUUCUCCGUCUUUUCAAUUGAGAUGCAAAAAUAUGCUGAACACUUCCUUCCUCUUUUAAGUCAGCUGCAAAUUUGUCUUCAAGACGUCGUCUUGUUUGUGAUGUUGAAGGUCCCCCAAAUGAAAAUUUAAACAAAAGUGCCUUUUUUCAACAGCAUAAUCAAGUAGAAUUCUCAGAAGUCAUAACAAAUUUAAAAUGUAGCCUUGGCAGUUGGUCGUUUAUUUAAUUGAAAGUGAUGAUGCCGGGUUGGCCGUAAACAGUGCAUGAAUGAUUAAUGAGAAGGCUUUUGUGGUUUUGUAAAGCCUGAAUUUUUUUUAUUAGUAAAAUGUGCAGUAAAUUGUGUGGUUUGUAAACAUUAGUGGUGCUGUUUUUUUUAAUUUAUAUCAUGGCUUUCACAUCCUGAUGCUGGUGGUACAGUCUCCGAUACGACAAGCUCGAUCAGAUGAUUUGGAGGGCUUUGUUGGAAGGGAUUGUAUAAUUUUGAAAGUUUGACUUUCUCUUUGUAAAUUGUGUGAAUGGACAGCAGGGUAGCGUAGGGAUAAUGAACGUACAGGUACGUCAUUCUAAGUUUUUGAAGUCAAAAAGAAUUGUUUUGGUUGCUCACUGAUCCUUCCGAAACUUUUUGUUUCAGAAAGAUUGUGCCACUCAUAGUGAUCGGAAAGCCUCAGCCUUAAAAUCUCAUUACCACGUCUUUCUUUUUAUUGAGGGCGUGUUUCUCAUACAAUGGAUGUCUGGGCUUUUUUUUUCAAGUAAUUAAAUAUGUGGUUAAUAAAUGUCUUUUUUUUUUGGUUUAAUUGGUAAGACCUUUUUUUCAGUGGAAAGUAGCUGUAAAAUGUUUAUUCCAAAGUGUAUGUAUGCAAUGUAUAAAAUGCACAUAGAUACUUAUGAUUUAAAGCAAAAAUAAAUUCAUGAGUUUCGACCUUUGACUGACGGAGAACAUUUAUAGAUAUAUUUACUGUAUAAUCUGUGAUAACGUAGGCAAAGAAACUAACAGUAUUUGUGAGAUUUUAAACUCUAUUUUGACAUAUUGGUAUAGUUUUUUUUGGGGGGGGGGGGGGUGAGAUGGUGCAUAUAUGAAAUAAGAAAGAUUGUGGACAUGAUUGUUUGAGUGAAAGUUCAGCGACAUUUCUGAAAAGAAAGCUAGAAACAUGUAGACUAUAGAUGCUAUCUAACAAAAUCUGUGGAUGCUAUCUUACUCCUCAAACAGACCGUCCAGUCAGCCAGCGCAAUUGAUACAAGCAGAGCUCACUUGUACCAACAGGAACCAAAAGAAGGACAACAGAAUCUUAUAAUUUAAAGAAAACUUACAAGUGAUUGAGAAGGUUAGGUGUCCUUGAGCAGAAGCCCAUGGUUCCUGUUACGGUAGGAUGACCACCAAUGGCGUCUGGCAAGCUGAAACCAAAGCAGGAAUGAAGUAACGGUCGUACUGUGUUCAGUGACCACUCCCUACCCUGUCGUUCGUCCUUGCAAGACGAAUGUUCAAAUCUCCGUACAUCCUCCGACUUCAUCGGGUUUCAAAUCCUGUCUUUCUCAUUCGCAAUUGCUUUAUAUGCACUUACUCGCAAAGUUUUACCAUAAUUCUAUUCAUUGUUGUAAUUUUUUUUUAACAUAUAGUCCAUAUUGGAUAAAAUAAUCCCUUAAAAAAGGUAAACCAAAAGAAUUAGGUGUGUUAUAAAUUUCCACUGCAAAGAUUAGUGGUGUCUGUUUAAAAUUGUUUUAUUUUAUGAUACAUGUAACAAUUAUGCAGGAUCCUUUCUUGUGAAUAAACUAUUGUAAAUGUUUUAAA